AAUGACAGUCUCAAGUUCUUUUAGGAAGAGAAGGCUAAUUCAAAGAAACAGCCAUACAAGCUUCUUUUCUUUGCAGGAAUAAUUAUUAGCCCCCUUUACCAUGGCCCACCUGGGAGCCCAUUUUGCCUUUAGAUCCCGCUGGCAGAAAACCGACGAUGAACUCUGUCGACAUAGCAUGUCCUUUAUCCUGCACAGAGCCAUUCGAAAUGACUUCUUUCAGUGCUAUCUCUACCUGCUGGAAAAAAUUCCCUUGGUAAAAUUAUAUGCUUUAACAAGCCAAGUCGUCAAUGGUGAGAUGCAGUUCUAUGCCAGAGCCAAACUUUUCUACCAAGAAGUGCCAGCCACAGAAGAAGGCAUGAUGGGAAAUUUCAUUGAACUAUCCCGCCCAGAUAUCCAGGCCUCUCGAGAAUUUCUUAGGAAAUUUGUUGGGGGCCCUGGGAGAACAGGAACUGACUGCGCCCUGGACUGCGGCUCUGGGAUAGGAAGGGUCAGCAAGCAUGUUUUGCUGCCAGUUUUCGACAGAGUGGAACUGGUUGAUAUGAUGGAGUCUUUCCUACUUGAAGCCCAGAACUACCUGCAGAGCAAGCUGGACAAGGUUGAAGGUUACCACUGCUACAGCCUGCAGGAAUUCACACCUCCCUUCGGGAGAUACGAUGUCAUCUGGAUUCAGUGGGUGUCGGGGUACUUAACUGAUAAGGACCUGCUUGCAUUUCUUUCCCGGUGCCGAGAUGGCCUGAAAGAAAAUGGCAUCAUCAUACUGAAGGACAAUGUGGCACGGGAGGGCUGUGUCUUCGACCUCUCUGACAGCAGUGUGACUCGGGACAUGGACAUCCUCAGGACCCUCAUUAGGAAGAGUGGACUGUUGGUGCUGGAUCAGGAAAAGCAACAGGGCUUUCCAGAGCAGUGUAUUCCUGUGUGGAUGUUUGCGCUGCACCGUGAUAGACUCUCCUGAGUAAUGGUGAGAGUGGACAGCUGGAUGGGGCAGUGGUGCAUUGGGACAGGAUACCUCCUCCAAGGUGCCUCUUGAAAUGCAGACAGGGAUGGAGAGAAGGGAAGGGAUACAAUGCAUGUGGGGAAAUGAUUGAUGAUGUAUGUACAGGAUUUGUGUGAUGAACUAAUGUGCACAGGAUAUCCACACCCUUGGAAGUGCACACUCUAUAAUACUCUGCAUUUUCUAAAAGAUGGAGUGAAACAUCUGGAAGAAUGCUUUGUGAAAAUGCCUGUAGAACUGAAAAAAGGGAUAACACAUAAUUAAAAAGAUUUUACAUAGCAAAGGAAACAAUUGAUAGAGUGAAGAGGCAACCUACCAAAGGGGAGAAAAUUUUGUUCAGCUAUUCAUCUGACAGAAGAUAAAUAUAACUCAAAAAAUUUUACACCAAAAGAUGAAGAAAUCCUACUCAAUAAAUGGGCAAGUGAGCUGAACAAGUUUUUCUCAAAUGAAGAACAAAUACACAAUAUAUACGUGAAAAAAUGCUCAAUAUCUUUAUCCAUCAGGGAAAUACAAAUGAAAAGUACAUUAAAAUUCCAUCUUACUGUACUCAGAAUGACCAUUAUGAAGAAAACAAAAUAACAAAUGCUGGAAAGGAUUCAGGGAAAAAAGGAACCCUUAUACCUUGUUGGUGGGAAUGUACUCUACUAUAGCCUCUCUGUAAAACAGUAGGAAGGUUGCUCAAAACACUAAAAAUAGAACCAUAUACCCACUCCUGGACAUAUACCUGAAGGAUCAAAACCAACAUCCCUGAGAGAUACCUACUAUCUAUGUAUACUUUGGCAUUAUUCACAAUGGCCAAGUCAUGGAAGCAGCCUAGAUGCAAAUCAAAGAAUGACUGGAUAAAGAAAAUCUAGUAUAUAUACACAAUGGGGGUAUUCUUCAGCCAUAAUGAAAAAUAAAAUCAUGUCACUUGUAGGAAAAUAGGUGGAACUAGAGGACAUCAUGUUAGGCAAAAUAAAUCAGACUCAGAAAGACAAGUAUUGCCAUGUUUCUCUCGUAUGUAGAACCUAGCAGGGGAAAACUGACAUGAAAGCAGAAGAGAGAAUAUUAAGGAAGGGGAAGGGGAAGUGGAUUUCUUGGAGAGGGAUGGACAUAGGGUAAUAGGGAGGUAGAUAUGAUUGAAAUAUAUUACUGGCAUGUAUGAAAAUGUCAAAAUAAACCACUAUAUUAUUCAAUUUAAUAUAUGCUAAUAAUAAUAAAGAAACAAAUUUCUUUUGUACACCUGAACUAUACAAGUGUGCAUGGAAAGGAAAAGAACACACAUCCUAAACUGUCUUAGUCACUGACACUUUGUGCUGUCCGGUAGUCCAGGAUAGAUGAAGAAAAUCUAGACCACUUUGAUGUCUUUAUGUCAUUUUCAUUAGCUUCCUCUCCCUGUCGUGCUAUUACUUCUCUUGAACAAGCAUCUUUCCCUAAUGAAGAGUGCACUCAUCAAAUGAGCUUGUAGAAACAAGCUUAGUAACUUUGUCUUAUCCUUUCUCUUGGGGAAAAAUUACAUGAUUUUCCUUUAUAUUUGGGGUCCAUUUUACUAACCAGUGAUGUAAUAUGGAUGUAAUUUGGUAACAGAAGGCUGAAUUUCAGCGGUGGGAAGUAUCUUCUUCCAGGAGAAACAUGCUGCAUUCUGAGGUUUCAGCCUUGAACUUCUAAGGAAAUGACACUGAUAAUCUAAUUUUAACCACUGACUUCAGCACUGCCUGUGCCACAGCUACUCCUGGAUCCUUGAUUGAAUGAAUGUAUGUUAUUAGAAAGGGAUUCACCAAAGGAAAUGGGCAAGGAAGUGAUGAACUGAAAAUUGAACCAGCUGGAUUAAUAUAAGGACUGGUUUAAUUAAAAAUAAAGUACUACUCUGCCAUAAAAGAGGAUGAACUUCAGUCAUUUGAAAUAAAAUGGAUGCAUCUUGAGACCCCAGUAUUAACUGAAAUAAAUCAGAUCUACAAGCUUAAAUAUCACAUGAUUUCUCUUAUAUGAGAAGCCCAAAGCAAUUUAAAGAGCAAAAUGAAAGAUAGCUAAUAGGAAACACAGAGACAGAUCUUUUUCAAGAGACAGACAGAGAGGGCAUGGAGGGUUGGGGAAAGGAAUGAAAAAAUGUUUAUGAUGUGUUUGUGUAUGUACCAACUCCCCACGAUGAAUGUAUUCUUUAUGUACUGCAAAUAUGUACUAAUAAA